CCUCAGAUCACAUACAUACACACACACACACAGAGUUCUGCUGCACACGGUGUGUUGUGUUAUGGUUCCUAAGUAGAAGAGAGAAUUAAACGCUUGUGUCUGAUGGCGGCUGAAGCCCAGUGUCGUCCCCCACAGGACCGGAAGCCCGUCCUGAUCAGUAAGCUGGAGUCGGUACAGGAUGUAGUGAACACGGCUGUGAUCAUCCCUAAGGAGGACGGAGUGAUCAGUGUGUCACAGGACAGGACGGUGCGUGUUUGGCUGAAGAGAGACAGCGGACAGUACUGGCCCAGCAUCUACCACACCAUGCCCGCUCCUUGUUCAUGCAUGUCCUUUAACCCUGAGACCCGAAGGCUUUCAGUUGGGAUGGACAAUGGAGUCAUUUCUGAGUUCACUGUGUCUGAGGACUACAAUAAACUGACCCCAGCUCGGUCCUAUCAGGCUCAUCAGGGAGCAGUGACCCUGGUAUUGUUCGUGUUGGAGAUGGAGUGGGUCCUGAGCACAGGUCAGGAUAAGACCUUCACCUGGCACUGCUCAGAGAGCGGCCAUCAGCUGGGGACUUACAGGACUGCUGCGUGGGUUACUGGACUUCAGUUUGAUGUGGAGACCAGACAUGCUUUUGUAGGGGAUCAGUCAGGUCAGGUGACUAUACUGAAACUGGAACAAGACAACUGCAGUCUGGUCACCACCUUUAAAGGCCACACAGGCAAUGUAACAGCCUUGUGUUGGGAUCCUGUACAGAGGGUCUUAUUUUCUGGAAGCUCAGAUCAUUCCAUCAUUAUGUGGGACAUUGGGGGACGUAAAGGCACAGCCAUCGAAAUGCAGGGACACAAUGACAAGGUACAAGGGCUGUGCUAUGCUCCACACACUCGUCAGCUUAUUUCUUGUGGAGCUGAUGGUGGGAUUGUUGUGUGGAACAUGGACGUCACACGACAAGAGACUCCUGAAUGGCUAGACAGCGACUCUUGUCAGAAAUGCGAGCAGCCGUUCUUUUGGAAUUUUAAACAGAUGUGGGACAGCAAAAAGAUUGGCCUGCGCCAGCAUCACUGCAGGAAGUGCGGGAAAGCCGUGUGUGGGAAGUGCUCAUCCCAGCGCUCCACCAUCCCCCUGAUGGGCUUCGAGUUUGCCGUGCGAGUGUGUGACGAGUGCCACAAAUCCAUCACUGAUGAAGAACGAGCGCCCACAGCGACAUUCCAUGACAGCAAACACACCGUUGUGUACGUUCACUACGAGCCGACGAGGGGCUGGUUGCUGACCUCUGGGACGGACAGGGUCAUCAAGCUAUGGGACAUGACGCCUGUUGUAUCCUAAAGAUCACUACAGCACUUGCAGAGGAUGUCCAGCACUGGCAGAGAAGUUGUAGGAGAUAUCCUGUGUGAGUGUGUGUGUGUGUGUGUGUGUGUGUGUGUAUGUGUAUGUGUGUGUGUGUGUGUGUGUGUGUGUGUGUGUGUGUGAGUGUGUGUGAGUGUGUAUGUGUAUGUAUGUGA